GUGAAGAUGCAACACUGAUAUUCAUGCAACAUUGACAUAACGCGCUCUUCAAGUGCAAGAAGCGCGCGCAGUUGGCGAAAUGGACGUGAAGUCGCUUGCAAAGUCCUUGGGCAUCACCCAACAACAUGUCCUUGGAAAAGCAAAUGAACUCAUACGAUUACUGAAGCUCAAGCAGCCAGGGAGCCUCGGCCAGGGAGAAAUCUGCCGACCAGCAGUCUGCCUGGAGCUGGCCUGCCAGACGACUCCUGGGAGCCGGCUGCCAGUUCGAGAUGAGUUUAUCCGGUUCAGCUGCUCGCCGCCCAAGGUUUACAACGAAAUGUUUACACGCAUCCAGCGCCUGCUGGAUGUGCGGCCCGCCCUGGACCUGCGCGAGCUGGUGACCAUUUUCGGCUGCCUGCAGCUUCGGCCCGCGGUGGAGCAGCUACUGCGCGCCUACAAGAGCCGCUUCCUGACCUCGCUGCCGGCCGAGGAGCGGGCGAGGGCAGACCUGACGCGGCCCGCCUUCCUAGCCGGGGCGUUCCUAUUGGCCGCCAAGAAGCACAAGGCCAAGGUGGACCGUGCGGCGCUCACCAACAAGAUGGGCCUCACUCGCGGCGAGCUGGAGGGCGCGCUCAAGGACAUGGCGGCCCGCUGCGCCGACAUGCUGCAGCCGCAGCAGGCAGCAGAGGGUGACGAGGGAGCCGGGCGCAAGCGGGCGCGGGGCGACACGGCGGGGGAGGAGCAGGCCGCAGACGGACCAGCAAAGGCGCUGGGAGCCGCGACCGGCCGGGGUGGAGCCAACAAGCGGCCACGGCGGGGAGCAGCCGCAGGCGCGGAGGCAGAGGGGGAGGAUGGCGAGGCGGCUGUGUCAGUUGCUGCAGCUCAUGACGUGGCGGUGGAGGACCUGCGCCUGGUGCUGUGCGGCAUACGGCCGGCAGCAGCCCCGGCGGCGGCAGCCGCCAGCCAGGACGAGCGGGAGGAGGCGGAGGCGGAGCGGCCAAAGAGCAGGAAGAAGCUCAAGAAGGUCGAGAAGGGCAGCCGGACAGAGGGCAAGGGCGACCGGAACGAGGGCGCCGCGCUGGGGAACGGGGAGGAGGAGGCAGCGGUGGUGGUGAUGGCGGUGGCAAAGAAGGGCAAGUUGAAGAAGAGCAGGCGGCUGCAAGCCGAGGAGCAGGUGCCAGAGCAGGGGCGAGAAGGGCAUGGCCAGGAGCUGGUGGCGGGUGCCGUGUGAUUGGCUUGCGGUUAUGGCGGGCCCGCAGCAGUUGUGCAGGGCUGCAGGUGCCUGGGGCAUGCCGGUUGCAGGCGGCGUGAGGUGUUCGCUGGUGAUGACGUAAUUGCAGCGCGUGUGUAGCCGCCGCCGCCUUCGCAGGAACCGCCGCCUGUAGCACGCUGCACGUACGGGUUCUGGACACGUGAUUAUGGACUGCAACUCAGCGAGUCCCACUUCCACUCUUGCCUACGGGGCAUGUGGGGCUGGGCGGCAUUCUAUGAGUUUGAAACGGGCUUCUUUGGGCCUGCAUCUGGGCCGUUUCGCGGGCUUUUGGGAGUUGUUUGGUUCGUCCGUGGACGGUACCCGCCGUGCCCCGCGGUGGCGCUCAUGUGGCUCGGUUGCGACUCAGGUUGCAGUGUAGGUGCUGCUCGGGGAUUCCUAUCAGCCGGCUGGCCUAGGUCCGUGAUGUAAGGAGCUAGCAGACCUAGUCUGUUCAGCGCUAGCCCUCUUACACCGUUCCGAUUGUCGCUUACUCUAGGCAUAGACCAAACACAUUCUUGCUUCGUGUGGAAACGCGGCGAGUGCGAUGGAACCCCGGGUGCCCCAGGUCGGCUGGGCAGUGGCAGUCCGCUGGCGAGGGUGGGCUGUACUGAGUGAGUCCCGAGUUAAUC